AUGGCAAAUACUUUAAAUAAAUUAAUUGAAAAAAUUAUUAAUGAAAGAAACGAAGUUAUAAAAUUUGAUUAUGAUUUAUUUAAUAAUUGCGAGGAAUUCAGUAGAAGCCCAUUUGGGACUGUUCGAAAAGCGACCUGGAACAAUAUGACAGUUGUUCUUAAAAGCCUAAAUAUUAAUACUAAUGACAUAGACGGAAUCAAUGCCAAUGACAUUGUAGUUAAUGAAACAUUUAUUGAUGCAUUUGUUAACGAGACGGUUAAUGAAGAUAUCCAACCAUCUAAUAGCUUAAGGCCAAAACGUCAAAGGAAUCUGUCAUUUUUGAAAAAAAUAUUUUCUUCAUCAGACAACAUUAUUAAAGAUGCUCAAACUCAUAAAGAUGAUCUUACUGCCGGAUCUUCCCAAUCAGUUUUGAAAAAAAUGUUUUCUUCAGACAAUUUUACUAAAGAUACACAAACCCAUAAAGUUGGUGUUACUGUCGAAUUUUCCCAAUCAGAUGAAAAAUUUUCAACUAUUAUCAAUGCUGAGCAUGUAAAAGAAAUUCUUUCUUGGAUUAAUCCUUCAUCUCAUGAUGAUUAUGAGCUAAAAUUAAUUCUUAGGGGUAGCGAUCGCAAAGAUGGAUUUAAAAAGAGCACUUUUUACAACAAAUGUAAGGACAAAGAUAACACAGUGAUAGUCUUGAAAGUCGAAAAGACAGGAGAGAUUCUUGGAGGAUACAACCCCUUAAAAUGGGAAAGAAUUAUAGGGAGAAAAUAUAAAGAAACUGAUGCUAGUUUUAUUUUUUCUUUAAAAAUAAAUGAACAAUCCAGUUCUAAACUUAGUAGAGUUAAAAAUAAAGACGUUGCAAUUUGCUGUAUGGAAGACUUUAGACCGUCUUUCGGCUACUUAGAUUUAUAUAUGUCUAACAAAAAUGAAAAGGUUUGGGGAUGUUCAAAAGCAAAUUACGAAAAAGAAAUCAAAAUAGGAGGCGAAUUUCUAAUUGAAGAUUAUGAAGUGUUUCAAUAUUCUCGGAUCCAUCAACCCAAUAGCAAUGGUGAUACGUCAAAAAACGAAGCCAUUAAUGAAGACCCAAUGAUAGAUGAAGACAAUAAUGACAACAAAGCGCUAGGAGAAGACAUUCCGCCGCUGAUUAGGAAGGGAAUCAUUUCUGAAUUUUCAGGAUUAUUAGGGUUUAAUAUAAAUAAUAUAAUUGGGGCUGGUCCGUAUUUUAAAUUUUAUUGCACUAACUUUUGCGAUGAAGCUCAUUCUUACUUUCAUCUAUAUAAGGGAUUUUUGUGA